AUGCUACAGGUAAAAAGAAAGAGAGAAGAUCCAUCAUCGAGCUACUGUCAAACUGAAUCACCUUUGUUGCCAUCAGAUAGUAAGGAUUUCACUAUACCAAAAACUAGAAAUAUAGGCAUUAUUGCACAUAUCGAUGCAGGCAAAACAACCACCUCUGAACGUAUGCUAUAUUAUGCAGGUGUGACAAAACGCAUUGGAGAUAUCGAUGACGGAGAUACCGUUAUGGAUUACCUUGCGGCCGAACGAGAACGGGGCAUCACCAUCAACAGUGCAGCCAUCACAUUUGGAUGGCAAGGACACCGCAUCAACUUGAUCGAUACGCCCGGCCAUGUGGAUUUCACCAUGGAAGUGGAAAGAGCUGUGCGCGUGCUGGAUGGAGCAGUAACCAUUCUAGACGGUGUAGCUGGUGUGGAAGCGCAAACAGAGACAGUGUGGAAACAAGCUGAUCGAUAUGAAAUCCCUCGUAUUGCGUUUGUCAAUAAAUUAGAUAGAACAGGCGCUGCGUUUGGAAGAACCGUACGAGAAAUGUGGAAAAAGCUACGCACUCGACCAUUGGUAGUGCAGUUGCCUGUCAUGAAUGAAGAGAGCAUGGAUGAAAGACACAAGGGUUUGAAAGCGGUGGUGGAUUUGGUCACGAUGGAGAUGAUUCAAUGGGAUGAAGCACAUGCAGAUGGAUCCGUGCUCAAGAGAAUACCCUUGGAAGCGGCGACUACAGAUCGUGCCUUGUUGGAGGAGGCUGUCAAAGGACGUACUGCUUUGGUAGAAGCAUUGGCAGAGAUGGAUGACGCUAUUGUAGAGACAUUUUUUGAUGAAGCAGAUGGAGACCAUAUGCGUGUAAAUGCUGAGGCAGUGAAGGCAGCUAUUAGAAGAGUCACUGUGGCGAACAAGGCCGUGCCUGUACUGUGCGGCGCUGCUUUCAAGAACUUGGGCGUACAGCCUUUGUUGAAUGCUGUGAUUGAUUACCUGCCAAGUCCAUUAGAUAGACCCUCUGCCAUGGUUACUUACAGCAGCGGUAAAACUGCAUUGAUACCCUUAAACGACAGCCAUCUGUGUGCAUUGGCAUUCAAAGUAGUGCAUGACGCCAAAAGAGGGCCCAUGGUGUAUGUCAAAGUAUACUCAGGCAAAAUCAACACGCGAAUGACAUUGUUCAACACCACCACUCGAGGCAAGGAGCGAGUCAACAAACUACUUCAAAUGUAUGCAAAAGAUGUCGAGGAGAUCCCAUCCAUUGGUGCAGGCAAUAUUGGCGUCAUUGUAGGACUCAAAGACACACGCACUGGCGAUACACUUGUACAAUCCAACGACACCAAUGCCAUUAAAAAGGGAUUGCAAUUAGGCAACAUUGAUAUCCCCAGCCCUGCCUUCUUUUCAGCAGUGGAACCAGCCUCAGUAUCUGAAGAAGAAGCGGUGACCAAUGCUCUCAAGAACCUUGUCAGAGAAGACCCUUCGCUCAAAGUAUGGACAGACGAAGAAAGCGGACAGCUUCUGGUGAGCGGUAUGGGCGAACUUCAUUUAGAGAUUGUCAAGGAUCGUCUUUUGAACGAUUUCAAGGUCAAGGCAGAGAUGGGCAAGAUGAGAAUCAGUUAUAGAGAGACUUGUCAAUCCGAGGCCAAUGCCAGUGCAGUGUACGAUAAGGAAGUCAUGGGCAAGAGAGCGCGCGCUGCCUGUCAUGUGGAGAUCUCUCCUAUCCAUGAAGAUUUAGAGCAGACAGACGCAAAGCAGAUUUUAGAAGAGGGAUGGAUCGCUAACGCCGGAAACCAGCUUGCUGCUGAAGUGACGCUUGCAGACGACGACAGCUCGCCAUCAUUCGCAUCAGAGAACACGGCAACUCAAUUGCAUCCGGAAGACAUGAAGCAGGCUGUCCACAAUGGUUUAUUAGCUGGUCUUGCCCGAGGUGCUGUGCUUGGCUUCCCUCUGACCAAGCUGAGAGUCAAGGCCUAUGAUUUACAGACAUUUGGUCCUGACACUACAUUAGGAGCCAUCUCUGCAUGUGUCUCUCACGGUGUCUAUGAAGCUGUUCAAAAGGCAAGCCCUUGCUUGUUGGAGCCCAUGAUGGAGGUGUAUACAGAGGUCAAUGAGAACCACAUUGGUAAUGUGGUGAGUGAUCUGAGUGGCACUCGCAGAGGCCAUGUCAUUGGAUUGGAAUCUUCAGCUUUGGGUGAUGAUCAGGACGGAACCAUCUCUGAACAUGCGCAAGUGUAUGCACCUGAAGACUCUCUUCUAGUCAAAUCAGAUGUGGAUGGGUAUAAGCCCAAACAAGUGAUCAAAGCACAUGUGCCCUUGAGCUCCAUGCUUGGCUACUCGAGUGCGCUUCGUAGUUUGACAGGUGGUAGUGGAUCCUUUUCUAUGCGAGUGAUUGGGUACGGCGAAAUGAGCAAAGAUCGAGAGCGAUCUGUCAUUUCUGAAAUGAAGGGAUUCUAG